AUGGACACUCCCCAAGAGACGCCUGCCAAGAAAAUCAAAGUCGACAUCAAGGACAUUCGCUCCUCGACUCACAAUGACUCGUUGUUGAAAGAGCUCGAGAAAAGCCUUUCAAAUAAUCCACCCGCAUUCCCAUCACGACUCCUCUGGGACGACAAGGGCUUGCAACACUUCGAAGCCAUCACUCACUCCNCCUAUUACUACCUCACCGACUGCGAGAUUGAGCUGUUGAAAGAACACAGCCGCGAGAUUGCCAAAGACAUCUACCCUAACACUAUCAUCUUGGAGUUAGGCAGUGGUAGCCUCAGAAAGACCAGAAUCCUGCUUCGUGCACUGGAAGCCCUCGAAAAGCCUGUGGACUAUUAUGCUCUCGACCUGAGUCGGUCGGAGCUCGAAAGAACCAUCACCGACAUCUCGCCUUCUUCGUUCCAAUAUGUGAAAUUCCAUGGUCUGUUGGGCACCUACGACGAUGGCAUGCGCUGGAUACGGUGUCUACCGCUACCACUCGCCGUGCGUCCAAAGUGUAUACUCUCCCUAGGAUCCACAAUCGGUAGCUUGUCACGCCCCGAGGCUGCCGGACUUCUCGGAGGCUAUGUUGAUGCCAUAGCGAGUGGUGAAGCCAUGAAGAGCUCACAGCACAAUGCCAUCUUUGUCGUAGGCGUCGAUGGAUGCAAAGAUGCUGACACGGUGUGGCGCGCCUACAACGACUCUGAGAAUUGCAACCACCGCUUCAUCUCCAACAUCUUACACCACGCCAACAAAGUGUUGGACAUCGAAGCCUAUCACCCAGAGGACUGGACAGUUGAAGGGGUAUGGAGCGCCGAGAAGAAAUGUCAUGAUCAAUUUCUUAUGCCUGAGCGAAAUCUGUUUGCUAGUGGCGUGGAAUUGAAGAAAGGCAGGGGUUUGCAUGUUGUCAGCAGUUACAAGUUUGACGAGGAGGAUCAGGAGAAGCUUUGGGAGGGCGCUGGCCUACAAGUUCACAGCUGCUGGAGAACCGAGCCCCACAAGUACACUCUCAGCCUGCUGACCGUAGGCGACGUUCUCACCCCUCUCAAGAAGUUGGCCUUGGACGACAUUCGUGACGGCAUUAGACAUGCAGUAUAG